CACUGCGCACUUUGAACAGCGCAUGCUCAUAAUCGUCAGCUGACCACUCAUUUCAGGAAAUUUUCUCCCGAUAAAUGUUCAUUGUUUAGCAGAGCGUCGAAGCGAGAGUAUUCACGCUACUAGCUAAGCAGAAACGUUCUUUUUAGAGCAAUCAUGAAGGUAUUCGCAGUUCUUUCCGCUUUAUUGGUAGCGGUUUCGGCCGACUAUUGUUACAACGACGUACAGGGUGCAUGUAGCCCCAGACCUAUCGAUACAAGUGAUGGUGCUCUACUGGCAAAUUGUAAUGCCAAAUAUGGGUCCUUUGAAGCUAUGCAAGCCGAUCUCCAGGCAUACGUUAAUGCCCAGAUUGAGACUAGCUUUGAAUAUUUGUUGAUGUCGAGUCACUUUGGAAAUUACGAAGCUAAUCGGGAUGGAUUUAAGGCGCUGUACCGAAAACUUUCAGAUAAGUCCUGGGAUGAUGCCUUUGAUCUCAUCAAAUACAUUGCUAAGCGUGGUGGAAGGAUGAACUUCAACCAGCAGCCUAAAUUCAAGAGGGCUGUAAGUAAUGGUAAAGAGAGCAGAGUAGUAGAACUCAACGAGCUGAAUAGCUUGGCUAAGGCUUUGGACACCCAGAAGCAGCUUGCAGACGAAGCACUGCGUCUACAUUCCCAUGCCUUGCGCCACAACCAACAAGAUGGAGCUGUAGCUCAUUAUUUAGAAGAGAAAUUUAUGGAGCCACAAGCAGAAGCGGUGCGUAAUUUGGCUGGUCACGUCAACGACCUCAAACAGCUUCUUAGCGACCAAGAUUCGUCAGUCUCCGUUUUCAUUUUCGAUGAAUUUCUGCAGAAAUCCUUGUAAAUUUUUUUUUAUAAUACCGUUAUGGAGUAAUUAUAUGAAUAUUAAAUAUUUAUAGAAGAUACAAGUGAUAUAGAUACAUUGCGUUUUUGUAAUAUACUUUUGAGGUUUCUGAACAGCUGAAUAAUAUUAUUUCACAGUGUAUAUCAGUUAAGAUAUUUGGGAUCGGACAUCUAAUUACAUUUGUAUGAUAUUUCUUGUAAUCCUUUCAAUAAAUAGAAAUAUAUGUAA